AUGCAGUCUGAGAGUGAAGAAGAGGAGCAGGAGACUUCUGAAGAAAGCUCUGAAGAAGAAACUAGCUCAGGGGAAGAAGAAGAAGAAAGGAAUGAUGAAAAUAUUAAAGGUAUUUCUGAUAUGAGUUCUUAUGAAGGUGAUGAUAGUUUCGAAGGAGAAAGUGAUUCUGGUGAUGAAUCCUCUUAUGAAGAAGUUCAAGAAGGUAAAAUGGGAUUCUUGUCUAAGAAUAGAUCAGGUGGUCGUAAGAAAUCCUUUAGUACGACCAAACCAACCACAUUCAAACCAACGAUGGGUAUAUUUAAUAAAAAGGAUCAAAAUAAGAAAUCAAAGAAACCAUUGGCUACCACUACGUCAUCUGAAAAACCUAAGACUAUGAAGGGUAUUUUUAGUAAAAAACCAGCUAAGCAACAAAUUUUACAUCAAAAACCUGUUGUUGGUAGGAGAUUAUCUAAAGCUAUGCAACCAGGUAACCAAAGAAACCCAUUUGGUGUUAAGAAAUCACCUGAAGGUUCUAAAAUCGAUGUUAAGAACAAAGUCAAAGGAAAAGAUAAAUCUGUACCAAAGAAGCAAACUAAGACAAAAAAAUCUCUAAAGACCAGUACCGAACAGUCAACAAUUGGAAAGAAGAAUGUAGGUGUUGAACCAAUUACGAAAAGGAGAGUGGAUGAAACUGAAGAAAAAAUCUUCAAUAGUAGUAAUGUACCGGAUUCUAAAUACAGUGAAGAAUCACAAGCUAACAACGGUGGUACAUCUAUAAAUGGUAACAAACAAGUCGAACAAACUCAAUCUAACUCAAACGACGUCUCUACCAAAAAGACCUUAAAUCCAAGUAUGAUGGGUAACCAAACCAAUAUACAGUUACCACCAGGAAGAUUUAUUACUCCAAGUGAUUUUGCAAGUUCUUCUUCUGUUGAUAUUCCAGGUGGAUUACCUACUUCUACCCAACAACAAAUUAUUGGAUACUACCUAUUUAGUAAUUCUUCUACACCAGUAAAAGAAAGUUCUCCUAUUGAGGAGUUACAAAACUCUAAAGAGAGUUCAGCUAGUAUCGAUGGUGAUAAUUUGACUGUCUCCACAUCAGAUGGGAAGAAUUAUUCUUUCAAGGCUAAACCCUUCUAUUCAAAUGAAGGAAAUGGUAACGCAAGUGAAAGUCCACUUGGAAAUGCGGAAUUGGAGCAAGUCGCUACAUCAAGUGGUAUUGAAUCUAACAAUACUACUAAAAAUAUUGUAAACGAUAGCAGUAAUACCAGUUCACCUUUGAUGACAAAUUCAAAUGAGAUGAAAUAUACAGCCCAAUUUCAACCUACGGUAGCACCCGGAACUGAUGGUCAACCAUUAUCAAUCGAUACAAGUUCAGAUAUUAAUUCUGAACAAAAAGCUACAACUGUGGUAAAACCAUCCUUGAGUGCACGUAAUACUGAACCUUUUAAUGAUGAAUUUACUACUCCAACAACCCCAACCACUUCAAAACAAGUUGAAAAACCAAGUUCCUUAUCUUCUCCUCCUACUCGUAUAUCUUCACGUUCAAAGCCAAUAGUUUCCACUACAGAAGCCAAAAUUGCCGCUAUGAAAGCUAAAGGUGUGAAGAGAUUACCUAGGGAAUCCAACGGUGCCAUAGGUAGGAGAUCUGAUAAAGAUUCUUCAGUACCAAGAAGUUCCAGAGUAAAGAUGGGUGGUAUGUUUGGUGGACGUUCUUCUAAACCAGCUAAAGAUAAGAAAGCUUUGAAGGAGAAGGAAGAGAAAAGAAGUAGGAUAAGAGACAGCAUUAUAACAUCAUUUACUUAA